AUGCACCCCGCGCAGUGGAUCGCAGCCUGGGUGCUCCUGCUCCACGUUUGGAUCGAGUCCAUCGGGCUGUGGAUCCUGGAGGCGGUUCCUGUGGGGGGGAACAUCAGCUUGGACCCCUUCCUCUUCUCCAUCGACACCUGGAACAGCUACAGCCGGGCUCUGCACGGCUCUGGCAGGACCCUGCUCCCCAUCGAGACCAACCUCGUGGAUCAAGUGUGGGGUGACCAGAGACCCCCUCCAGCCUCCAGCGAGAUCUACAGCCUCCCAGAAGAGUUCACGGGGAGCAGCUGGCAGGAGAAGGUGGCCGGGAUCCGGCAGCAGAUGGAGCAGCACAUUCGACGCCCCACGGCCGUGCUGCUGUCGGGGCUGGAGGAGACGGCCUGGCUCUUCAAUCUCCGUGGAGAUGACAUCCCCUACAACCCCGUCUUCUACUCCUACACCCUGAUGACCAACACCAGCAUAAGCCUGUUUGUGGACGAGCAGCGGCUGUCGGCGGCGGCGCGGGAGUCCCUGCAGGCAGGCUGCCCCGGGCUGCUGUGCGUGGAGCUGCAGGAGUACGGGCAGGCACGUGCCCACCUCCGCCAGUACGUCCAGGGCAACGUCACCGUCUGGCUGGGCACCGAGUACACCACCUACGGCCUCUACAGCGUCAUCCCCCAGGAGAAGCUGCUGGAGGACAGCUACUCCCCUGUCAUGCUGGCCAAGGCUGUGAAAAACGCCAAGGAGCAGGAGCUGCUGCGAGCCGCUCACGUUCGGGACGCAGUGGCUGUCAUCCAGUACCUGCUGUGGCUGGAGAAGGUGGUCCCGCAGGGGCAGGUGGACGAGUUUUCGGCGGCAGAACACAUCAAUGCACUCCGCAGGGCCCAGGGGCACAACCGUGGGCUCAGCUUCCAGACCAUCUCCGCCAGCGGGCUCAACGCGGCGCUGGCCCACUACAGCCCCUCCAACGAGAGCAGCAGGAAGCUGUCCGUGGACGAGAUGUACCUUUCGGACACCGGAGGGCAAUAUCUGGACGGGACGACAGACAUCACGCGGACGGUGCACUGGGGUGUGCCGACCCCGCUCCAGAAGGAAGCCUACACCCGUGUGCUGAUGGGCAACAUCGACCUGUCCCGCCUCGUCUUCCCGCCCAACACGGCAGGGAGAGUGGUGGAGUCCUUUGCCCGCCGGGCACUCUGGGACGUGGGACUCAACUACGGCCACGGGACCGGCCACGGCAUCGGCAACUUCCUCUCGGUCCAUGAGUGGCCCGUGGGUUUCCAGUCCAACAACGUGCCGCUGGCGGCCGGCAUGUUCACCUCCAUCGAGCCUGGGUACUACCGGGACGGCGAGUUCGGGAUCCGCAUCGAGGACAUCGCCCUGGUGGUGGAGGCGCAGACCAAGUACCAGAGCGGGGAGAAGCCCUUCCUGACCUUCGAGGUGGUCUCCCUGGUGCCCUACGACCGCAACCUCAUCGACCUCAGCCUCCUGUCACCGGAGCAGAUCCGGUACCUGAAUGCCUACUACGAGACCAUCCGGGCACGUGUGGGGCCAGAGCUGCAGCGGCAGCAGCUGGAGGAGGCGUACCGCUGGCUGCAGAGGAACACCGAGCCCUUCCCGCUGGGCAGCGCCGCCACCGCCGCCACCGCCACCCUGGCCCUGCGGCGGCAGCAGCUGGAGGAGGCGUACCGCUGGCUGCAGAGGAACACCGAGCCCUUCCCGCUGGGCAGCGCCGCCACCGCCGCCACCGCCACCCUGGGCGUGCUGGCCCUCGCCUCCCUCGUCUCUGCGCUGCUCAGCGGGCUGCAGGCCUGA